ACAGAGUGGUGGGGGGUCGCCGGCAGGUUCCCUCUCCCCGGCCCCAGCUCUGGACGCCUACCCCAGUGCAACGCCCGCAGUAACGGAAAGAGGCAGGACCGCGCCUGCAGCGCCGGCUGGAGGGACGUUCUGGUCCCCAGACGCUAGUGUCAGGGACUGUUUGGCGAUCGCCGGCUGCGGGAAUGCCCCACGCGGGUGGGGUGAGGAGAAGGGAGAAGGCGGAAAACUCCUCCUCCGGAAAAUAAUAAAUGGCCACGAUAACAGCAGCAUCGGUGGCAGUCAUCCCGCUUUACCUGGAGCGGAAUCGCUCGGUCUGAGCCAGGAGGUCUGGUGGCUUCUCAGUUGACAACUCAGCUGGUUCCCCACCCUGGCAAUUGUGAAGAGUUGGCCAAAUGUUUGUCCACUGAGCUGAUCUCUUCUCUGGAGCACCAAGGCUACCAGGAGAGAGGGAUUUAACAGAAUUCUUUGGCCACUCUAAUCCUCAUCUAAUUCAUUUACCAAGACAAUGCAAACUCCAGUGACCAUUCCUGUACCUGUGCUCCGGCUGCCCCGGGGCCCUGAUGGCUUCAGCCGUGGCUUUGCCCCUGAUGGACGCAGAGCCCCCCUGAGGCCAGAGGUUCCUGAAAUCCAGGAGUGUCCCAUAGCUCAAGAAUCCCUGGAAUUCCAGGAGCAGCGGGCCCGAGCCGCCCUUCGGGAGCGUUACCUCCGCAGCCUGCUGGCCAUGGUGGGUCGUCAGGUGAGCUUCACGUUGCACGAGGGUGUGCGUGUGGCCGCCCACUUCGGAGCCACCGACCUGGAUGUGGCCAACUUCUACGUGUCACAGCUGCAGACUCCCAUAGGUGUGCAAGCAGAGGCGCUGCUCCGAUGUAGUGACAUUAUUUCAUACACCUUCAAGCCAUAGAGACAUUGUGUUCACUUUUCUGCUUGAGGCUGAGCCACUGUAUCCCAGGCCUCCCAAUGUUCCUGAGCCAGGAACUCUGGGCCCCACGGAGUUAUGAGCUCCCUUGGAAUUUUCAGCCAAGCUUUAAGCAAGUCUGGACUCCUGAGACCUCCUGGGUCUAGUCAGUAAAAUUCUGCAACUCUAGGAAUUCUAAGAUCCCACUGGAAGGAAUGCUCUACCUCACAGAACUCUGAACCCUACAGAAAGAUGGGCCUGCUGCCAUUUCUUGAAGACCAGGGCAUCGGGGUGGGGUGAUAAAGGAGACAACCUGCACAGCGGGGCGUUAUUAAAGAGGCUGCAAAGUUCAGCCACCCUGAAGAUACCCCCCGGGGCUCCUCUCCUGCUAAAGAACCAGUUACCCCAGGAAAA